ACCAUCUCACGUUUCUGAUCCACUACACAGUGCACUCUUCAAGUCCAAUGGAUCGUCUCUUUCUUUUCUCUCUUCUUCUCAGCUUCACUCUGCUAUCCUCUGCGGUUGCGUCCGCGGCAGGCGACCGUGCAGCCGCGUCCAUCAUCCAAGACGAUCCGUUGAUCAGACAGGUCGUAACAUCGGACGGCGAUGAUGCUGAUCCUCUCCUGAACGCAGAUCACCAUUUCUCACUCUUCAAGACCAAGUACGGCAAGACUUAUUCCACGCAGGAGGAGCACGACUACCGAUUCUCGGUUUUCAAGGCUAACUUGCGCCGUGCUAAGCGCCACCAGCUCCUUGACCCUUCCGCCGUCCACGGCGUUACUAGGUUCUCUGACCUCACUCCGUCCGAGUUCCGGCGUAACCACCUCGGACUUAAUAAGCACAAGCGACGGCUCAGACUCCCUGCCGAUGCUAACAAGGCUCCGAUCCUCCCUACCACCGAUCUUCCUGCUGAUUUUGACUGGCGUGACCAUGGAGCCGUCACCCCCGUCAAAGAUCAGGGUUCCUGCGGAUCAUGCUGGUCCUUCAGUACAACCGGAGCGUUGGAAGGAGCGCACUAUUUGGCCACCAGAGAGCUAGUCAGCCUCAGCGAGCAGCAGCUUGUGGAUUGUGACCAUGAGUGCGAUCCAGCGGAAUAUAAUUCAUGUGAUUCUGGUUGUAAUGGCGGAUUGAUGAACAAUGCCUUCGAGUACAUACUGAAAUCUGGUGGAGUUGAACGUGAGCAAGAUUAUCCUUACACUGGCAGGGAUGAGAAAUGUAAAUUUGAGAAGAGCAAAAUUGCUGCUAAAGUGUCCAACUUCAGUGUUGUCUCCACCGACGAAGAUCAGAUUGCUGCAAAUCUGGUGAAGCAUGGCCCUCUUGCAGUUGCGAUCAAUGCAAUCUGGAUGCAGACAUAUAUUGGAGGGGUUUCAUGCCCAUACAUUUGUUCAAAGAGCCAGGAUCACGGGGUGCUUUUAGUUGGGUAUGGUGCUGCGGGCUACGCCCCUAUCCGGCUCAAGGACAAGCCUUACUGGAUCAUAAAGAACUCGUGGGGUGAAAACUGGGGAGAGAGUGGCUACUACAAGUUCUGUAGGGCUGAUCGCAAUUUGUGCGGGGUUGAUUCUAUGGUCUCAUCUGUGGCUGCCGUUCACACAUGAACUCAGUAUUAAGUCAUGAACCUUCAUUUGGUGGUACUAUCACACAUCAACUCAGUAUCAAGUCAUUGAUCUUCAUUUGUUGGUACUGUACUUAAAUAUGAACUUAUUUGGGUAUUGUGUAUAUAGGAACUACUUUCCAUUAAUGUAUUCUAGAAGAUGGUCUGUAUGGUAUCACCUCGAGGCUCCAACAAACAUUCCUAAAAUGGUUUAAAUUAGAACUCGACGUAUAUCAGAAUAGCGGUUUUAAUUUUUUAUUGCCGUUGUGCCAAUUAUUAUUGUUCUUUUCCUUUUUCGUGGCAAUAUGGAUGCACUUUGAAGUUCUGUAA